UACUGAGAGCUGGAGAUUUCCAAACUUCAUUUUUGGGGGAUCUGUAAAUGAAGUGUAAACUGGACAGAUUGGGAGCUCACUUGUGAUGGCACAGGACAUUACCAGUUUAACUGGAGAGGACUAUUUUGAGGGGAAAUCCCCCUGUUGUUCAGACACAGAUGCUUUGAGUCAAGGAGACAAAGAGUAUGAUGACAUUUUGGAGCUUAAUCAGUUUGAUGGACUGCCAUAUUCUUCCAGGUUUCACAAACUGCUGAGAGAAAGGAAAGAGCUGCCAGUGUGGAAAGCAAAGUGUGAAUUCAUGGACUCUUUGGCCAAAGGACAGUUUGUCUGUGUCAGUGGCUCUGCUAAAACUGGGAGGAGUUCUCAAAUUCCCCAGUGGUGUGCUGAAGUCUGCCUGUCAGUCCAGUUCCAGCAUGGCAUGGUGGUUUGUACCCAGAUUCACGCACAGCAGGCAGUAGAUCUCGCCUUAAGAGUGGCUGAUGAGAUGGAUGUUAACAUUGGCCAUGAAGUCGGGUACAGCAUCCCUUUGGAGACGUGUUGCACUAAUGACACAGUCCUCAGGUACUGCACAGACGACAUGCUCCUGAGAGAGAUGAUGUCAGACCCUUUGCUUGAGCGCUACGGUGUGGUAAUCGUGGACCAGGCCCACCAGAGGACCGUGGCCACUGAUGUACUCCAGGGUCUGCUAAAGGACAUCGCCCUGCAGAGGCCAGAGCUCCGUGUGGUCCUCCUCACAGCCAGUGAACCCGAACCCAAGCAGUUGGCCCACUUUACUGGGUCAGCGGCGCCUCUGAUUCGCCUAGAGAGCCCGGGUGCAGGGGAGGUGGUGUACAGCAGCACAGGCGACAGCUACUUCUGCUCUGCUCUCCGUCUGGUGCUGGAGAUCCACCACUCUGAAGAAGAAGGGGACGUGGUUGUGUUUCUAGUGACGGCACAGGAGAUAGAUCUGGCCCAUGACAUCCUGUGUCAUGAGGGACAGACCUUACCCCCUCAUCUGGGUGGGCUCCUGCCCGUUGCCGUGCACCCUGGCCAGCCUGGGAAUCUACCAGUGCUGGGAGAGGAGGAGACAGGCCGGACCCGCAGAGUAUUCCUCACAUCCAGCCCAAACGAGGACUUCUUCUGGGGUGUUAACUCAAUAAGUGUUGUCAUUGAUGCCGGGCUUGAGAAAAGAUAUGUUUACAACCCCAGGAUCAGAACAAACUCAGUCAUCAUUCAGCCAAUCAGCAAAGGUCAAGCUGAGAGUCGUAAACAGCUGGCAGGUCCAACAGGAAAGUGCUUUUGUCUGUACCCAGAGGACAGACAGCUUCCUGUUGAGACACGGCCACAUAUUGUGGAGUCUGACAUCACUUCCACCGUGCUCUUCUUGAAGAGGAUGGAGAUCGCCGGACUGCGCCACUGUGACUUCAUGGACAGGCCAGAUCCUGGAGGCCUAAUGCAGGCUUUGGAGGAGCUAGACUACCUGGCAGCUCUGGAUAAUGAUGGUAACCUGUCUGAGAUUGGCAUCAUUAUGUCUGAGUUCCCCCUGGAGCCCCAAAUGGCCAAAACUCUGCUCGCCUCCUGUGAGUUUGACUGUGUCAGCGAGGUGGUCAUCAUUGCUGCCAUGCUAACAGCACCAACUUGCUUCAUGGUUCCUCCUGUGGACCUGAAGCCAGAGGCAACCCAGAGCCACAUGAAGUUCCAGCACCCUGAGGGAGACCACUUCACCCUUAUCAAUAUCUACAAGGCCUUUAAACAGUGCCAGCAGGAUCCAUACUGUAAUGUGGAGAAGUGGUGUCUGGAUUUCUACCUGAACCACGCUGCUCUGCUAAUGGCUGACACUCUUCGUGCUGAGCUCACUGACACCCUGAAGAGGAUCGAACUGCCCAUCUCAGUGCCUGCCUUCGGUUCCCGAAGCAACACCCUCAACAUUAAGAGAGCCCUGCUGGCAGGUUUCUUCAUGCAGGUGUCGCGGGAUGUGGAUGGAUCAGGGAACUACUUCAUUCUUACCCAUAAGCAUGUGGCACAGAUCCAUCCUCUGUCUGGCUAUGGAGCCAAGAGCCCAAAACUGGCCCUGCCUGAGUGGGUGCUGUUUCAUGAGCACUCCUUCUCUGAGGACAACUGCCUCCGCACUGUAACCCACAUAACACCAGAGCAGUUCAUUCAGAUGGCACCACAGUAUUAUUUCUACAAUCUACCGCCUAGUGAGAGCAAAGACAUCCUCCAAAAUAUUUUGAACCACGGAGCUUCUCGAUACCAAGAGGAGAAACCUUCAACCUCCCAAGAGGAACCCCAGGAUGACCAGACUUAUGACCGCUGUGUCAUACAAUGACUGACACCCACUGUUCCCAGUGGUGGUGAGGAAAUAACCAGUAGGACUUACUGCACUAUAUUGCACAUAUUCACAUUGUCUGGGUAGUUGUAAAACGGAUCAUAUAAUUUAAUUUAAUCAAAUGUUUGCCACAAUAUCAUGUCCUGCACUCA